CCCGCAUUUUCGAGUUGGCCCGGCAAAUUGGUCUACGAAAGCGAUCCUCGCAAACCUGCGUAAAUCGUAACUGCCUACUUCCAACCACAGUCACACACAUACCCAGAGAUGCCACACUCCGUGUCGUCAGAAGCAACCUCACCACCCAACGAUAUAGUGGCCCACGACGAAUCAAUGGCCGACUCGCCCGCCCCCCCCACCGCCAGCCAGGCGACUGACGGCGACGUUGCGAUGGCCGAGGUUGAUGCGCCGGCGCCCGCCACCGAGGAUAAGAGAGAUGUCAAGCUGGAGGAUUUGUUCAUAGACGGGGACUCAGACGACGAGUUUCCCAGCUCAAAACCACAAGACACACCGUCAUCAAGUUCCCCGGGGAUUGCGACACCCCUUUCACCAACAGACAUUGCGGAUUUGAAAGCGUCAGAUCCCGAGGUGAUGCGCAGUUUCUACCAGCGCCUGUUUCCUUGGAGAUACCUCUUCCAAUGGUUGAACCACAGCCCGUCGCCGACCAACGACUUUGCCCACAGAGAGUUCGCCUUUACGCUGCAGAACGACGCUUACCUACGAUACCAGUCUUUCCCAACCCAUGACCUCCUCCGCAAGGACGUCCUCCGCCUCAUGCCCUCUCGUUUCGAAAUCGGCCCCGUCUACAGCACGAACCCGCGUGACCGCAAGACCCUCCGCAACGCCAGCGCCUUCAAGCCCCUCGCCAAGGAGCUGUGCUUCGAUAUCGAUCUGACGGACUACGACGAGAUCAGAACCUGCUGCGACAAGGCCAACAUUUGCAUCAAGUGCUGGCAGUUCAUCACCAUGGCAAUCAAGGUCGUCGACGUCGCCCUGCGCGACGACUUUGGCUUCAAACACAUCAUGUGGGUGUAUUCCGGCCGGAGAGGUGCCCACGCGUGGGUGUGCGACAAGAAGGCACGGACAAUGGGCGACCAAUUGCGCCGGUCGAUCGCGGGGUAUCUGGAGGUUAUCAAGGGCGGCGCGCAGAGCGGGAAGAAAGUGAAUCUGUGGCGGCCACUGCACCCCCACGUGGCACGGAGUCUCGAGACCCUCAAGUCUCAUUUUCAAGAAGACGUUCUCGAGGCACAAGACCCCUGGGCCUCCAACGAGCGCGCCGAGCGCCUCCUCCAGCUGCUGCCGGACAAGAACCUCAACGAGUCGCUCCGCAAGAAGUGGGACGCCGCUCCGGGGCGGUCGUCCGUCUCCAAGUGGGCCGAUAUUGACACGGUGGCCAAGAGCGGCGCGAGCAAGAAUCUCGACGCCAAGGCGCUCCUCGAGGCCAAGCAGGACAUCGUACUUGAGUACACGUACCCGCGCCUCGAUAUCGAGGUCAGCAAGAAGCUCAACCAUCUGCUCAAGUCGCCCUUCGUCGUCCACCCCGGCACUGGCAGGGUGUGCGUGCCGAUCGACACCAGGACGCUCGAAGACUUUGAUCCGCUCGGUGUGCCGACGGUGCAGAGCCUGCUGGCGGAGAUCGACACGUGGAAGAGCGACGAGGACGCCGAGGCGGGUGGGUCGCAGCAGAAAAGCGUGCAGGACUGGGAGAAGACGAGCCUGAAGCCGUACGUGGAGCAGUUCCGGUCCUUUGUUAUUGGUUUGAUGAAGGAUGAGAGGGACGGCAAGAUCAAGAGGGAGAGAGAGGAGGACGCCAUGGAUUUUUGAUAAACACAAAAUCGAUACGACUUGUAUGAUUGGGGUAUAUAUCUGGUUUCUGGGUCGGUGUUUUUUUAUAUCUUUAUUGCUUCCUGUCCAUUGCGUUUCCUCUUCUUCUUCUUUUCUUCUUCUCUUGAACAAUUGAAGCAGAGGGUAUUAUUAUAUUUAAUCGCCUGCCAUGACGGGGUUAUGAUUUACCCAGGGCUUCCUUGGUGCCUUCCUGAGACGCAGCUGACGACUCUGGCGCCGCCACGUUUUCCGUGAUGGUUUGCCUCUCGUCCACGUCCUCGUCAUCCUCCUCGUCAAACCUGCUGUCCUCGAUCUCGCCGCCCGCCCCUUCUGUAGCGGGAGUCCCGCUGGCACUGCCAGCGCCGCCUUCCUCCUUCAGCUUUGCCUCCUUGCGCUUGGGGAUGACGCUCAGGAACGCCUCGGCCCAGCUGCCCGUCUCGAGCCACUUGAGCAUGAUCUCGACGACGUGGUUCGUCGCGAGCACCCUCCGACUCGACAGGUUCAUGUACUCUCCAAUGGGCAGCUUCGCCGUCCGGAUGCCCAUCGCCCUCGCGCGGCGGUGACACAGACCCUUUUCGCGGUUGCGGUCGACGAGGCCGCCGAUGACAUAGCUCGUGUUGGGCUCGAGGCGGUCGAGAGUGUUGACCGAGUCGGAGGAGAGGUAGACGAUGUUCUUGAGCUCGUCGGCGGGUUCGGGUUCGGGGUCCGGGCUAGGCGCCGAGUCGAGGACGUCCCGGAAGACGGCGGGCUUCUUGGCGGCGCCGUCCUCCCCGGUCGGCUGGAGCAGGUCGAUAACCUGCCCGCCGCGGGGCCCCUUCAUCAACUCGUCAGCGUCCCUGGAAGCCUCGACGAAGUCUCCCUCGACGAGCUUCACGCCUUUCCAGUGCACGUGCUGGCUGCCCAGCGUCGUCUCGAAGCGCUCCUUCAGCUGGCCGCCGUAGGAGCUGACGUACAGGUGGGCGCGGUACCUCGCGGCGCGGUUGUCCGAGUAGGAACGGGUGAUCUGGCUGGCAAGCGAGACGAGCUCCUUCUCGAGCAUGUACUUUUCAAAGUCGCAGUCGAGGAUCAGGGCGACAGGCACUUGGGUCGCAGGCUGCUUAGGCGUCUUGCGCUUCGGCGGGAUGACGACGGAGGCCGGGUCGAUGCCCUUGGCCUCGGCCUCGGCGAUAACGGCGGCAAUCUCCUCGCGGCGGGUGGCCUGACGCUCAUGGCGCUUCUCCUUGCGCUUGCGCUUGCGGUCCUCACGGCCGUCCUCCCACGCCGCCUUGCGCUUCAUCUUGCGGAGCUGGUUCUUGGAGAUCUUGGGCUCGGCCUCAGCGGCGGCAGCGGAGGAUUCGACAUCGGCCUCUUCGCCGUCCUUUUCCACCGAGGCUUCGGGGACGCCCGUCUUGUCAACCCCGCUACUGCUUGUCUCUUCUCUCGUCGUCGCCGUCGUCGUUGUCGUCGUCGUUGUGGGGGGAUUCGGGGCUGCGCCGUCGCCAUUGGCAGGCGUAGGCGGGACAGAGGGUUCUUCUGAUUUUGCUUCGGUCAUCUCGAGGUCUUUGGCUGGCUGAUUGACGGGUUCCGAGGCGGGAGUCUCCAUUGUUGCGGCCGCGGUCUGGAAUGAGCGUGCAAAGUUUGGUGAGGGAAGUGGGGGACUUUUGCGAAAUUUCGGCGAUGUCUUGCGAUAGUUGUCCAGGUGCAGUUGCGUAGCGGACGAGCUGCAGAAGCGCGCUAAUCCGUUUGUGGAAUGAUAUGGGCCCAACCCACGGGUGAAUGUCGUCAAGGCGCUGCUGACUGGCGCUCUCAGUUGCAGUGGUCGGAACAGCAUUAACACGAUAGUUCAGCGGCAAUUGGCAUACGAGGGAGUGAUAUGAUUGCGCCUCUUUAUGUAUGGGGGAAAAAAUGAAAUUGCAGAAAGCCAAAUCAAAAUGUUGCAACUACAAGGACAAGCGUCAGCACCACUUGAAGGGGGAGCAAGCGGCUGAGAUAGAUGUUGAAAAAUAAAAUAAAAAAGACCUGCGAAAUGACAUUGACAAAAGCACGGAUACUUAGGUAGG